AGAAGCGAAGUGGGGCAGAUUCGUCGCUUUCAACUGUUGUGUUGUGGUUUGAAAAAACAAAAAAUAUGGACGCGAAAAUACAGGGAAAAAGGAUUUUCAAAUAUUCAGCGAGGCUACCGUAUUCAUUUAGUCAGAGUAUUCAUCGGCGGAGAGCGAGCAAGAAUGCAAAGCGCCGCCUCCAGGCUCGUCUGCCAAGCUGUUAACGGCGAAUGGCCAUUUUGUGCGUGACAGUUCUCCCCCGCGAGUAACGAUCUUGUCGCGCGUCCCAGCGCUCUUUUCCUUUGCCUCCUUCCUUUCGUUUCACCGCUUGAGAUAUAUCUCGACAAACUUCUCCCUUCAAACCGUGUACCGUGAAUCGCAUUUUAAAUAUUUUACAACGCAAAGUUCGAAAUAAAUGCGAAUUCAUAAACCGAUAAACAGUGUGGUUCGAGGAAGUUGUUUUGUGUGAAGGUUUCAUGCGUUUCAAGACCGCUUGACAGUAAUUCAACAUAAACUCACUGAUUAUUUUCAUUACCAUGAAUUUCUUUCAAGAAAUCUUUUUCAGUUGAUUUCCCGAUAAAAAUUCCUUGAAUUAUUCCUUUCAUUUGAUCCCACGUGCUUCGUUAUUGUCUUGAUUGUGCGAUUCGUAACAUAUUAUUAGAACGGUGUGUAACAAUGCGGCAACCAUUGUUAACUACAUGAGGAUUUCCAACUACAUACGCAUGGCUCGCACUUCUGCGAAUUCGAUUGAUAGUAGUGCGCUUAGUUGCGCUUGAGAAGAACACGAAAUUGUUUGACGUCAGCAUACCGCGAUGUAAACGUGUGUAUUUGUGCAUCCGUCAACGGGUCACUUAUCACCGGGCAUCCACACAUUACGUAUCCUUUUGAUGCAACUUCCAAUUUUUUUCUCGUAAUAGAAUUAUUUUUAAUACGGAGUGUAGACCUGGUGAUUAGUGACAGAGUAGACAAGACUGGUUACAUAAAUUUUGAGAAACAUAAAUGGGGUUGUGCCAGUGGAGGCAGCGGGGGACCUCCCUCGCUGAGGAGUUUAGAAACUCCAACCCCCAUGCCAACUCCUCCAACAUCAUUUUUUAGUCCUGAAUGCCCCUUGUCUAAUACAACCAAUCUACGGGGUCAAACUACCCAAAGAUCUAAAUCGCGGGUGGAGGCAAUGUUGGAGCGUGCUCUGAUACAGCCACAACAGUGUUCCGUGGAUCCACUCUACAACGCUCAAAAUUGGGGAAUUCCUAUUUGGGCAAUUGAUAAACUUCAGUCUUGGCUUGACAAAAUCUACUCAUCUGUUAAAGACACUAAUCAUUUGAAACAAUUAAGACACUCGCAUCAACAGUGUUCAACUAAAGAUAUAAAGGUCAGACAUCUCAAGGGUCCUUAUCUGAAAUUUGAAUCCUUUCAGAGGGAUACUAGACCUAUAUUUGUUGAACUGCCUGUGUGGCCAACAUUGAAUUUUCACGGUGAUCCAGGCUCUUGUCCUUUCAAUACUAAGAGACGAGAGAAGCUGGAAAAAUUAGAGAAAGAAGUAAAAGAAAACAGGGAAGGUAUUCAGGCUAUCAACCAAGAGGAGAAAAAAGACAUGACUCGGCGACCACGAACAUCUGUCCGCACUCGAAGAGCAGAAAAAUUAGCUUCCGGUUAUUGUGAAAUUUGCCGUAUUAGAUAUAGAGAUCUGGCCAAACAUGUGCAAAGCGAUCAGCAUCUUAGCUUUGUUCAAAAUGAUGAUAAUUUCUUGUCUUUGGAUAAAUUGAUUAAUGCAGGAGCCAACGUAGAAGCGUUUUUAAAACUAAACAGAGGAAAAAAUAUAGAAAAAGAUUGCAAUUUGUUUUCCAAUGGGGAUCGUAAUCUUCAUGACACAGUAUUACCAGAAGGGAAGGUUAAUAGAAAUGCAAAAGAUUUAGAGGAUUUUGACGUUGGAGACAUAAAAAUGGUACAACGUAAUGGCGCACGUCGGAACCUCAGUUUAAGAUUAAAUUCCUCUCAUAAUUUACGUACACGUACAAGACACGAAAGCGGCCAUUUAUUAAGAUCAAAAGGUAGUCCCUGGCAUGAAGCCGAUAAAACGGAGAAGUUUUAUGACGAAUUUGAAGGUUUUACUAUCAAAAAGCGAGCGAAAGGGACAAUUUGGAUCGAAGAAGAUGAACCAGGGGAUAAAUAUAUAGAAGAAGACGAAUUAAAAGAAUCUAAGCAAAAUGAAUACAAAAUUAAAACAUUCUCGGCGGAAUUAGAAGAAAAAUGUUGUAACGAAAAAAAUUGUGAAACAUAUAACAAACUUAAAGAUACUAACAAUCAGGACAUACAAAGGACAAUAAAUUGUAAUAACGAAGAAAAUAGUAUUGAAAAUGAUACCCAACGCAUCAAACAAGAACAAACUCCUACAAAGAGUAAAAAUCAUGAUCAAAUUAAUGGAAACAUAAAAAAUGGUUGUAAUGAAAAUCUUUUAAGUACAAAUGAAAACAGUCGUAUUAAACCUUGUAAAGUUUCGUCUGGAAACGAAACUUUAAAAGAAUUAACUUGCAAAUUACAGUUAGAAAAUACUCCAUCAAGUGCAAAAAGGUUAUCAGAGCACAAUGAUAUCAAUACAGACACAAUCUGUAAUGGUCAUUCUAUAAGGGAUGAACAGAAAAUUAAUACAACAUUGAAUAAUACAGAAAAGAACGAAGUAGCAAAAGAAGAGAAAUCAAAAUGUUGUAAGUCAAAUAGAAGAGGUAGUCGGAGCGUCAGAGGACGACACAGGUUGUCCGUUGAAGAACGUUUGAUCGAAGAUAAUCGUGCAUAUUAUAAAGUGGAAGUGUUAGGAAGUAAGUUAAGAUCGAGUGUAUUGUCAAACAAUAAUUCUCAAUGUACAGUUCAAAAGGAUGAGGAUAGUGAAGAGAAGAAGGAAGUGCCAUCUAGUGAAAAACCAGUAGUUGUACGAUUUAAACGUGUAAGGAAGUCGGAACUAUCAUUACUAAGUGAUGAAGCGGAAUCUUUUAUGUUUAGGGAACUUAAACGAGAUGAUUCGAGUGAAAUAAGCGAUGACGAACAGAGUAGCGUAUUACCAAGGGAUACUGAAAGUGAGUGUAACGAUAACGGCAAUUCUAUCUGUCCUAGCUCAUUCUUAACUUCUAGUUCACCUGUAAAAUCGGAAACUACCGAAGACGAUUCUCAAGACUCUUUAAGUUUGGGACGAGCUAGAAAAAAAAGACGGACACAAACAGAAGCGCUGAUCAAAGAUAACGUUGAUUAUUACAAAUUCGAAACUCCUGGGAGCAGAUUAAGGUAUCAGGCACCUCUAACUGGUAUUAAAGAAAAUCAGGAAAAAAUAGAAGGUAAUAUUGUCGAGAAAGAUAUAGAAAUAGCAAAGGUGUAUCCGUCCAAACCCUCACCAGAGGUUGAAAAAAUGCAAUUUUCUUUUGAAGCCGUACCAAAGUCUGAACCAUGGUAUCAAACGUAUCAACGGCAAGAUGAAGGGGCAGAAUUUUGGCACUAUUUUAGCGAAGGUGACUCACAAAAACCAUUUCUUUUACCGUAUGAAAUUGAAAAUUUUCACGAAAUUUUGAUAAAAAACCAAAAUAGAGCGGAAAAUAAAAAAAAAGGUCGCGGACGGAGCAUAGGUUGUAUUGGACGAUCACCUAGGAAAAGUCCUCGUUGUCAUGCUUCUACAUUAGCUAUUAUGUCAACAAUUAUAAGAAAAAAAGAACAACAACAACAGUCUUCGAAUUUGUACACGAUAGAUGAAUGCCAAUCCAUCAGGUCACAUGCAAAUACUCCCAGACCUGAUCAGAAAACUGAGUUGAAAUCUGAUGUGGAUGAAGAUCUAAAAGAAAUGGUAAAAAGUAUCGACGAAAUGCUUAAUAAUGCAAACGAUAGUUUCGAGUUGAUUGAAUCGUUCGAGCCAGAUACAACACAGAUGGAAUUGAAUUUCUAUGAACCAAAUAUCCCAAGAGGACCACCUCCAAACUUGCUUGAAUUAUUGGACAGUUGUCACGAUAUCGUAAACUGUUUAGAAAAUUCAUCAUGUGCAAGUUCCGAGUGUGGUGAGGGAAGUGUCGAGUCACCUUUAAAACGAAGGAAGAAGAGGAAAAAUAGAACCGGAUGGCCUGGAAUUAAAAUGAAGAGAAGACUCCAAAGCAAACCUCUAGUAGACAUAAACUGUGACAGGGAAAACCUAGUGGAGAAAAAUAUAGGGCAGAGCGAGAAGGAUUGUAAUGUGCAGGUCACGAAUAUGUCUAAUAGAUUAACAGAAGAAGGUAAUAUUAAAAUAGCUGCAUCCGUUACGAGUUCCAUCAAACAAGAUGAACAGUCAUUAGGCUUCGGCCAGAGGAAGGACGACGGACGUUUAUUCGAAGUGUAUACCUCGAAUAUUUCUUCUAAUACACGUCACGACGAAAACGAGAAGAAAGACGUAAGUAUAGCGGUUGCUGAUAAUUCCAUGUUACAUACAACAAAUGCUGAAUCCUGCACAGGUUCACUUACAUCUGAUAUGUGCAACGAGACUGACAGAAAUUUCAUAUUGAACAAAGACUAUGGAUUCAGAAAAAACUUAUCGAAGAUCGAAGAAAUCUCAGAAAAUGAUCACGGAAACGAUGAAAAUCACGAGAACGUGUUUCGAAAAGAUGUUCAUUCUAUAUCGGAACGUCGGUUUAUCUCAAACGCAGCCAUGAAGAAACGCCAACAUGACAACACAUCUUCUGAAACUUGCGAAUCUCGCGUAGAACUCGAAAAUCAUGAGAUAUUGUGUAGAAAGGACUCCGAGACCAAAAUUGUUUCCAGGAAACAUCAUAAUACUAACGGAUUACCGAGAAAGAGGCAACAGAAGACUCAUUCUGAAAACUCUGACUCUGAAAUUGAACAGCAUCAUCGUCUCCAUCAUCAUCACCAUCACCACCUCCACCAUAGUAAUGUAUAUAAAAGGAACACAGUAACUUCGCGAAAACGGAUUUGCGCGAAGAAACGGACGAGACAAACUGACAUAUCUUCAGAUACAGUGUUCGAAGAUGAGAAUUGUAAAAAGGAUUCCUAUUUAAGUAUUACAUGUAAAAAGCAACAAACUAUAAAAGGUACAAAACGACGAGCCGAUACCAUGUCAUCGGAAACACAAGAUUCUGAAGUCGAUUGUGCGUUAUCGGGACAUGUCAGCCCUACGAUUAUAACUACUUCAGAACUUGAACAAAGACGUUCGAGUAUUGAGUUUCAACCAGUUGUUAGAGUGAUGAAGAUCGACGAUCAAGUUGAAAUGGACCACAGUAUUCUCUCGGUAACGAUUGCAAGCAACAGACGGUUAAGAAGUUCCAGUUCUCCGAGAUCGAAUACUCAACCGCCGAAAAAACGUUUAAAGACCAACCGUGGUCAAUUCGGAAGGUGGUUAAAAAGUAGCUGAAAUCCUCAAUACGACUUUCGUUAUAGUUUAAAUUUUAAAAUCGAGAUUCAGUCUUUUAUACGAUCUCGCUGUUAAAAUUUAAUCUAUAUGUUUUACCAACAUGUAAAUUAUGUAUAAAAUAUUUGUGUAUGUAGAAUAGUAUUUAACACUACUGGCGCACCAUC